AUGGCACUGAUGAUGUUGGAACCGGUGUAUCAGACGUACAAGGGACUGGAGGCGACCGAGACGGGCGGCGAGGGACUCGACCCGGCCGAGUGGCGGCGGCUGCUCGUCCACUGGAUCGUGUACGGGGCGUUCCGGGCGGUGGAGAGCCUGGCCCGGCCGUGGGUGCCGUUCUACAACGUGGUCAAAAUUGGGGCCAUCGUGUGGAUGCGCGCAGGCGGCUCGGAGAUGGUGUACCAGACGAUCAUCCGGCCGUUCCUGGCCGAAAACGAACCGGCCAUCGACGAGUGGAUAGACCAGAUAAACCGCACUCGAGACACGGUGAUGGCCGCCACAUCGGUGCUCAGCGCCGCUGUCACCGCCGAUCCGGACGCGGUCGACGAUGGCGUGCCGGAGGACACGGUGCUGCCUGACCCGGUGCUCGUCACUUCGGCGCCAGUCGGUUCCGCGCCCGUAAGUCCAGCGCCCGCGGUCAGUCCCGAGGCGGAGGAAGUUAAAAAGCGGAAGAAUAAAUAA